CCAGGAGUGGGGUGCGGGAGGGCUGGGAUGCCAGGGCAAUGUACGGGCUCGGGAGUGGGGACCCGCCUGCCUCUGACCCCUGAGGCAUGAGCAGAGAGUGGAAAGGCAAACUGCCAGAAAAAAAAAAUCAAUCCUCUGCCCAAGGUCCAGCAGAAGCUGCCUCAUUUACCUAGGAGGCGGGCUUCCUCCUGCUGGUAAUCCCUGGCUGGGAGGAGCAGGGGCCCUUCCUCUUGGCAGCCUCGGGACAUUCAGUGGGGCUGCCACCAGCCCUGGCUGGGAUGUGGGGUGGGAGCAGGCCCGAAGGGGAGCUCAGGGUCAGGAAGCAGGAUGCGGGAACCGGGAACAUGGGAACCCGGGGCCCUGGGUCCAGGGGAGGAAUCCUACAGUGGUAGGGUGCUUGGGGCUGUCUCUUUCUCUCUCUGACCAGGGCCUUAUGUAAGAGCUCUUCUCGGGAAACAGGAAGUUCUCCUUGCCAAGUUCAGCACAGGGAGUAGUACUGGCCUAUUCCAACACACCCGGCCUGGCCUUAACCCCAGAACUCAGCCAGUUUCUUGCUUCCGCGACCCUGGUUCUCCUUCCCAUCUACCCGCCGCCCCCCCCCGCCCCUCCUUUUCCACCUUCAGUCAUACCCAAAGAUCUCUCUUGUGGCUGAGCCAGAGGGUCUUUACCCCCUCACCCCUGGACCCCCAAGGCUGCCCAGCAUGCCCCUUCAUGCCUGCUCUUGGCACCAUGCCCCGGAGCCAGCCACCCUUCCCUCCCCCACUUCUGGGGCCGUCCCAGGGUUCCUGUGCUCGGCCGCUCCUCCUGGGUGUCACUGGCAGUCCUGUCCUUCCUCAAGAGACUGGGACCAAGUCCUCCUGAGGCUGGAGGAGGGUGUGUGUGUGUGUGUGUGUCCGGAGGGGGCGUCUGGAGACAACACUGGCCCCACGGCGGGGUGCCAGGAGCACCAACAGUGCCCCUUGCUGGCUCUCCUCCUCCCUUUUUAAUUCUCAAGUUCCUUUUUAUUCCUCCCUUGCGUAACGCUCUUCUUCCCUUCUGUACCCCCACCCUCCCCACCACCUCCCCGCCACCCCACUCCUGAGGCUGCAGCCUUCGGCAGGGUCCCCAGCUCAUGCCAGCCUCGUCUCCUUCCUUGCUAGCCCCCAAAGGGCCCCCGGGAGACAUGGGUGGCCCGGCCCGAGAGCCGGCACUCUCAGUCGCCCUCUGGUUGAGUUGGGGGGCAGCUCUGGGGGCUGUGGCUUGUGCCCUGGCUCUGCUGACCCAGCAAACAGAGCUGCAAAAUCUAAGGAGAGAGGUGGCUCGGCUGCAGAGGGCCGGAGGGCCCUCCGAGAAGGAGGAAGGGCAUCCAUGGCUGAGCCUCCAGGAGCAGAGCCCUGAUGCCCUGGAAGCCUGGGAGAAUGGGGAGAGAGCCCGGAGAAAGAGAGCAGCGCUCACGCAUAAGCAGAAGAAGAAGCAUUCCGUUCUGCACCUUGUCCCCAUCAACAUCACCUCCAAGGAGGACUCCGAUGUGACGGAGGUGAUGUGGCAACCGGCCCUUAAGCGUGGGAGAGGUCUGGAGGCCCAAGGAUAUGUUGUUCGAGUCUGGGACGCUGGAGUCUAUCUGCUGUAUAGUCAGGUCCUGUUCCAUGAUGUGACUUUCACCAUGGGUCAGGUGGUGUCUCGGGAGGGCCAGGGAAGGCAGGAGACUCUCUUCCGAUGUGUCCGAAGCAUGCCCUCCAACCCGGACUGGGCCUACAACAGCUGCUACAGCGCAGGUGUCUUCCACCUACACCAAGGGGAUAUUCUGAGUGUCACCAUCCCCCGGGGGAGGGCGAAACUCAGCCUCUCUCCGCAUGGAACCUUCCUGGGGUUUGUGAAACUGUGAUUAGGAUAUGGAUGGUGGUGUUGAGCUCGGAAGAUGAGGGUGGGUACAAAUCGGAGACAGCCAAGAGCGAAUAGGAGCGGACGCCUCUUCUGGGUUUGACGCGAACCCUGGGUUUGCUCAUCAAUCUCCGCUCCUCCCUUUUCCCGACCCACCCCCACCCCGUAGACUUUGAUUUCACGGAUAUUAAAGAGGUGUAUAUCUUGC